AUGGCAGACAAGAGAGACAAUUCAGAAUACUGGGAGAACAAAGAGAGAGGUAAUGAGAGGGAGGAAUAUGAUGGUGGAGAAGAAGGGGAGGAAUGCCAUGACAGAGAAUGUGGAGAGAAUCUUGGUAGUGCUGAGGGAUGCGUUAAAACUGAUACCAACAGCUCUCAGAUUCUAGAGGAUAUCUGCACAGAGGUGCCUUCUGGUCCUCCACUCACCCAGCUGCUCAACUGGGGCCUUGAUGGAUAUGAUACUAGCAUCAGUGAUGAUCUGGUGCCUCAUGCUGCUACCUCAGAUUCUGAGCUAGACAAGAACACCUGUGUCAACUUGGAGGUCAAUCUGACUCCAAAAAUUUGCACCACCAUAGGCUCUGCUAUGGUAAAAGAAGCUCAAAAGCACUGUCAUAGCUCCUCAACAUCUUCUAAUGAGCCCCACUAUGAAAGACCUGGUUCCAGCCAUAAACCUAGGAGAAAAUGUAGGCAGCUUGGUGACCUAGGACACUAUGGAAGCAGCACACUUAGGCAAUUCCAGGAGACCAAUGACAUUACCAGCCAGCUUGGCUGA